CCAGCUUCAACCACGAGCCAACGAUCGUUUCAAAACAAUUUGGAAAGCAAUUAGGUAAGGGCUGAUAAGGUAAGGGCUGAUUAGGCAAGGGCUGAUUAGGCAUAUCACUUGGCCUGUGAGUCACAGAUCGUAGAAAAAAAAAUCGUUAUCCUCAACUGAUAGACAAAAGCUAAAAUAAUUGGUUUAGUUCAACGUUGGUAUGAUUUUUUUCAGGACGAAGGUCAUUACAUUUGCAUAGUCUGAAGGUAGCCUACAUUGUAUUUGACAUAUGCUGCGUUUGAGCUCCUUCAGUGGCAAAUUUCACUUGAACGACAGCAAAUAAGAGCACGAAAUUGAAAAUAUACCCCAAGCAUAUGCAUUCACCACUAAACUAUACAUGGAAAGAAACAUUUGACGAUUAAACUACAACCUUUCAGGUAGUGGAACCAUUUUAUAUAUUAAACUCAAACUUCAAUAUAUGUGCAAAUGUAUCUAACUAGCUAAAUCAUAACGGUUGAAUAUUAGCAUUUCAAAAGCAGUUGAACCCAAUUAAUGUCAAAUGUACCUAAUUGCACAAAUGUAGUUAAUUGCAGACAACUUACCACAUGAAUCCCAGCAUAACAAAUGAUAUUAGGCUACACCUUGUAUGGCCAAUUGUUUAAUGGCUACUGAGGUUUAUUCAAAAAUGACUGGAGGGAUUUUUCCUUUUAAAUGUAAUGCUAGUACUUUGUUAUUAAUGAUAAGUGUGACAUUAAUUGCAUCAUUUAAGUAACGAGUUGGGCUCAUUGAUCCCUUCGACCUGAUAUACGUUUAAAAUAACCCUCAGAAACAAUUUAUCAGAAAUAAACACAAUGACUAAGUAGUCGACGCGCCAUAAUCCCCAUAAAACCAAGCGACAAAAAGUGAUAUUUGUUCUCUCUGCAUUUCACCAUUUAUCCCAAGGAUUUUGAGAUUAAUUUCAAUUGGUUCUGUGUUUCGUUUAGGUUAACCCGGCUAAGCGGUGCUAACCGUGUAAACAUCGUCUAGGCAAGGUGACGUUUGGCAACAUAUUUGCUUGAAUUAACAUACAAACAAAAGUUACAUUUUUUAAUAGAUAUUUAGCAUAGUAAUCAAAACGACGAUGUAGCGGGAAGCCUGCACGAAACACAGACCUUUUUUUGAAGUGGAUCUAAAAAUCCCCCAAUGGAGAAAUGUAUGGUAUAAACUUAAAGCCGCUUUCAAGUUCUGCCGGAAGUUUUUAUGGGGAUUAUUAUUUCUGUCAAUUAAAUUGCCUAUAUGCUCGAACGAAGUGAUCACAUGGUGGUGACAUAACCAUACACGAUGAAUUAAUUCCCUGAUGUUCUGACAAUUGUGCAAACAAUAGAGGCAAUUUAAAGACGGACAUAAAUAGGUGCAUUUGGGGAUUUAACAGUCAACUUGAUUAUGCUUAGUGCUCACUUGAAUGACGUUCAAUGUCAAAUUUGGUCCGUCACGUCCGCCUCUGUAAAACAACUCAGCGAGAGAAGAAGUUUAUUGUGGAAUACGGUGGAAUAUCAGAUUUUGACUUCUUGGUAACUUCUGCUAUCUGAACUUAGACUGCUUUAAAAAAAGUCGCUUUUGUGAUCAGAUUGUGUACCGAUCUCAUAGUCUGAGACGCAUUUUGUGUGAUCGGAUGACUCCCUCAGUCUGGAUUACAGCUUUUACAUGUUAGUAAUGUGGUACUGCAGCACCCGUGGUGGAGUCCAGGGUUGGGGUUUUCAGGAGGUGCUGUUCUCCGGCUAUGCUCCCGAUGGGGGGAUGUUCAUGCCUGAGACCCUCCCUACCCUCACCCCUGACACACUGAGGUCCUGGAGGUCCCUGUCCUAUCCCCAGCUGGUGAUAUCAGUGUGCUCCGUGUUCAUUCCUACAGAGGUGAUCCCUUUAGCAGACUUGGAGGACUUGGUGAACACAGCCCUGUCUGGGUUCUCAGUGCCGGGGGCAGUGAGUCUGGCCAAGCUGAAGCAGGGGCUGAAUGUGUUGGAGCUCUUCCAUGGAAAGACCAUGGCCUUCAAGGACCUUGCCAUGACCUGCACUGUGCACUUCCUCAACUACUUCCUGCACAAAGACAGCCUGCGUGCCAUUGUAGUCGUAGGCACAUCCGGGGACACGGGUGGUUCUGCCAUUCAGAGUGCGAAAGGCCUCAGUGGGCUGGACCUGGUGGUGGUGUACCCCCGAGGCCGUAUAACCCCCGUGCAGGAGAAACAGAUGACCACAUGCCUGGAGGACAAUAUCCAUGUGUUUGCAGCAGACGGCAGUUCUGAUGACGUCGAUGUGCCGAUCCGUCGACUGUUUUCCGACCAGGAGCUCGUAAAACGCCAUAGGCUGAUGAGUCUCAACUCAGUCAACUGGUCUCGCGUCAUGGUUCAAUUGGCGCACUUUAUUUAUGCCUACCUGCAUGUGAGCGGGCUGGAGGAGGCAGAGAUAGCGGCGCCCCUGCCCGUCCUGGAGAUAAUAGUUCCCACAGGAGGGGCUGGGAAUAUCGCCGCUGGCUGCAUUGUGAAGCAGAUGGGGAUACCGCUGUGUCUAGUUGCUAUGACGAACGCUAAUGAUAUAGUGCCCAGGACGGUGAAGAGCGGCGACUUCUCCAUGGCAACUAAUGUCACGCAGACCUUAGCCCCAGCUAUAGACAUUCAGGACCCCUAUAACAUGGAGCGUGUUUUCUGGCUUCUGUCUGGUAGAGAUGGAGGCCUAGUGAAGAGAAUGAUGGAGGAGUUUCAAAACUUGCAUCGACACACGCUGCCUAAAGCUCUCCACAAACAGCUGUCCCAAGCCCUAACAUCAGGGGCAGUAGGAGAUCAGGAGAUAGUGGAGACCAUGCAGAGAUGCUGGAAGGAGAACCAAUAUCUACUGUGUCCCCACACUGCCGUGGCUGUUUGGCAUCACUAUCACUGUUCCCCCACUGCGGGGGUCAACAGGUGUUGCCUAGCAACAGCCUCUCCUUCCAAGUUCCAGGCUGCGGUGCAGAAGGCAGGGCUAACCCUUGACCUUCCUGAGAAAGUGCUGGCCCUUGACAAGAAGCAAACUCGUUACGUGGCUCUGGAUCGAAGCGAGAACUGGGAGAAGGACUGGGAGGGCAGACUGAAGCAAUGCAUCCAGGCUAUAGGCUCUGCCAGACAACAUGGACUGUCCUACUAUGAACAUGAGUAAAACUAGUUGACUAGUUUUUUAAGACAUUGGGUGUAUGAAUGUGCUGGAAUAAUUCAGAUGGAACUGUUAGGCAUUUGGGAUGGAUUUCUGAAACAACUAGCAAUUAUUGACAAAUAAGAUUGCUUUGACAUUUCAUAAAAUUGAGGAUCAAUCCAUUACUGAUAAUACCAGUAAUAUGUCCUAAAAUUGUUUUACUUAAGUUUUUAUAUGAUCUAAUGAUGUAUUUUGUCACAGUAUAAGGACAUUGUUUUUUGGAACACUUAAUCAGAAUUCAGUUCAUGCAAAAUUUGUAGUAUGCCUGUUGUUUGUUUUUUCUGAUCUUAAGCACUUUGAAUUGCCCUGUAUAUGAUAUGUGCUUUACAAAUAAACUUGCCCUGCCUUCA